UCAGCUUCUCACGGGAGUGAUGAAGAUGGAAAUCCAGUGGCAAAUAGUACAGUAAAGCGAUAUCUUAUCGGGCGUAUGAAAAAUGUGACUGAAAUCAGGGAGAAAUCGCGCAACGUAAGUAUAUGGGAACGUAACAAAGUGUUGAAAUUGUAUGAAGCCGGAAAAACUGUUAAAUUCAUCGCUAAUCGUAUAGGCCGAGGCGCUGCUACUGUUUGGCGAAUAAUUUCUGGCACAUGGAGACCGAAAAGAUCUAAUUUGACCACUAUGGAGCUGAUCAAAGAGAAGCGCAUGCUGUUGGAGGUGAAAACUAAUAGAAACGAAUUCGUGAAGAAGUUGCGGUCAGCAAGAUCAAAUUCAGCUUCUCACGGGAGUGAUGAAGAUGGAAAUCCAGUGGCAAAUAGUACAGUAAAGCGAUAUCUUAUCGGGCGUAUGAAAAAUGUGACUGAAAUCAGGGAGAAAUCGCGCAACGUAAGUAUAUGGGAACGUAACAAAGUGUUGAAAUUGUAUGAAGCCGGAAAAACUGUUAAAUUCAUCGCUAAUCGUAUAGGCCGAGGCGCUGCUACUGUUUGGCGAAUAAUUUCUGGCACAUGGAGACCGAAAAGAUCUAAUUUGACCACUAUGGAGCUGAUCAAAGAGAAGCGCAUGCUGUUGGAGGUGAAAACUAAUAGAAACGAAUUCGUGAAGAAGUUGCGGUCAGCAAGAUCAAAUUCAGCUUCUCACGGGAGUGAUGAAGAUGGAAAUCCAGUGGCAAAUAGUUCGAGAUCAUCAGUGAGACUAACAAGCAGUCAGGAUGUUUCUGAAUUGGAAAAUGAGGACAAUCCUUCUUCGACAGGGUUAGCUGAACUGUUUCCUAGUGGCGAGUUGGGAAAGCUUCGAUCAACUAACGAUGCUAUUGCGUUUUUAUGCUCCAAAGAAGUUCGCUCUAAGUGCAAUACCUGGUGGCCGAAAUGCGAAGAUGAAAAGGACGACCCUGCAUCAAAGUGUUGGUUAGUUAAGCUAUCAGAUGCCAUCUUCGAAGACGACAGAAUUUAAAUUGUACCUUUUUCACAUAUAUUUUCAUCAGAUGCCCGGAAUUCAUUCUAUUUGUAUUUGUUAUUUUAUUAGCUUUAAGAGUUUCCGUCAGUCUCACUGAAUUAUAACGAUUUGAAAUUAUUAAUUAUAUUUUACAAAGAAUA